GACUGGGAGGAGUGCUGAGAGAGACGUGUGUGAGUCGAGGAUCAUCAUAAUCAUCUUUUUGUUCUCUUUACAGGCUGAAGUGAGACAGAAAUGCUCUCCACCGGCUUGAGGCAAAGGUCACCCCGGUGAGAUCUUCUCGGAUUAUCUGAAACAUCGAUGUCCCGGUCCUAACAGCACACAGUCACCCAUCAGUGGAAUAAUCGGGCCUAACUCUCACCUGCGGACAUGUAUCAAGGUGUGUCGAUGUCCGCAAACCACGGACACUCGUCUUACGAGCCCGGUUUCCUUUCAUCCGCGGCCACUUCACCCGUGUACAUUCCCACCACCCGCGUCACCCCGAUGAUUCCGACGCUGCCGUACCUCCAGACGUCCCAGCAGAGCAGCCCGGUGUCCGGUCACGCGGCGUGGACGCAGCCGGGCGCGGACACGGUGGCCUCUUACAACUCCGCCAGUGGGCACCAUCCAUCCCCGGUGUCCAGGUUCACCUUUUCCACGAGUCCUCCGUUGACCUCCGGGGUCGCAGCAACCCGGGACACACCGACCUACCCGAGCCCGUUAAACAUCUCGAGUAGCGCGCGCGAGCAUUACGGCUCGCGAGGAUUGAGUGGCUCGUAUCACGGCGCGUACCCGGCGUACGUCAGCCCGAAUAUCGGCGGCUCUUGGGCGGCGUCUCACUUCGACAGCUCCGUGCUGCACAGCCUUCAGACGGGCGGACCGACCAACGCCACAAGACACCCGAAAUUAGAAUUGUUUGAUGAUUUUGCAGAAGGUCGUGAGUGUGUGAAUUGUGGGGCGAUGUCCACCCCACUGUGGCGUCGUGAUGGGACGGGUCAUUAUCUGUGUAACGCCUGUGGACUCUACCACAAAAUGAACGGAAUAAAUCGGCCUCUCAUUAAACCACAAAGACGAUUGUCUGCGUCCAGACGAGUCGGUUUGUCCUGCACCAACUGUCACACCACCACAACCACACUGUGGAGACGCAACUCUGAGGGAGACCCUGUCUGCAACGCCUGCGGCCUCUACAUGAAACUCCACGGGGUUCCUCGUCCUCUUGCCAUGAAGAAAGAAGGUAUUCAGACUCGUAAGCGCAAACCUAAAAAUAUCAACAAGUCCAACUCUGGAGCGUCCGGCUGUGAUGUUCAGACAACCGGUGCUGUGAGCUCCAGUCCCACAGAGGAACCGAGACCUAUCAAGACCGAACCAGACUCACUAUCUCUCUACACACAUCACACUAUACACACACAGGUGUCUGCUGUGCCUGCGUAUCUGGGAAGCCAAAGUUCUGUUCUGAAACUCUCUUCAAACGGAUCAUCUGGCUCCAAGAGUGAAGCGUGGAACAGUCUGAUCCUGACUUAACCUCAAACACAAACCUCUCUGUAUGACCCGCACAAGACCAUCUGGUGAUCGUCCGGCGUUAGAAACACAAACACACAGCAGUGUCUGAAUUCAGGAUUUGGAUUCACGUGUGAUUCAGAAAACAGCAGCGGAUCAUAAGAACAUCAUAUAACAUGAAGAUCAUGAUGUUCCAUCGGUGGAGAGGAUCAUCUCAAGCUGAACAUGAGCUUUCUUCAUCUUUAAUCAAAGUAUUUUUGUGAUUUUCAACUCAUUUCAAUGACACUCAUUUGCCACGUUUAAAGGUGGCAACGUUUAAAGGUGUCCAGCGGGACUGUGGAUUUAUUUCCAUAGUUUGUGUUCUGGUCAAAUACACAACUGAUGUUCAUGCUGCACAGUCAGAUUAUUUCUGUACAUCUGACAAUCUGGGUGUGACAACAUGGAUUCUGUCAGAACUAGUGGAAACCAGCAGUCAUCUAGCUAUGCCCUAGCAACCCCUAGCAACUAUAGCAACAAACUAACAUUCACCAUAGCAACCACCUGUGAUGUGUUCACAACUCAGUUUUCAGUCCCGUUUGGUGCUACAGAAGUGUGAUGUGUGUCGAGUCUUUACAAACAUCAUCCACAUGAAGAUGAAAUCACUCCUGCUGGACAUGACUCCAUCCUCACAGCCUCAUGCAUUUAUUCACAGAAUGCAUCCUUCAUCAUGUUCAUCAUCAGUGAUCUCACUCAUCAGAUAGUUUCAGAAUAAAUCCAUUCAAUAGAUUCAGUUCCUAA